AUGGCUGUGAGCACCCCUCUGCCCCUGAACCUGCGCCGGGGCCUGGUGGCCUUCAGCAACUCCCUCUUUGUCAACAACAAGACGUGGGACAGUGGCGUUGCCCACACCUACCACUCAGCCCACGAAGUGCUGUCCAGCCUGCCCCUCCAGAUGAUGCUCUACUUCAACGUCUACUUCUUUCCUGUCUGGUGCCUGUCCGAGGGGAUGAUGCUGCAGCUGAAGUACCACCUGCUGCCCCAGUAUUACCAGUUCCUGUUGGUCACUGCCUUCCUCAUCUUCUGCCUGGCUGAGGGCUCCCGCCUCUACCUGGGCUACGUGGGGAACCUGCAGGAGAAGGUGCCCGAGCUGGCCGGGUUCCUCCUCAUCUCCUUCCUGAUCCAGCUCCCGCUCCUGCUCUUCCUGCUGACAGACAGCCACACCAUCCGCCUGCCUCUGGAGAUGGCCGUGCACAGCCUGCUCCUGGCCUUCCUCCUCGCCGAGAUCCUGGCUGCCCUCUUUGCUCUCAAGACCAUGACCAAGCAGCUGGCAGCACAGUUCUACCUGCGGCAGUUCAAGCGGGGCAGCACGGGACAGCCGGGCCAGGGGUUCAUGGGGGGGCAGGCAGGGGAGCAGGGGUAA